AUGUUUAGAUUCCAAACUACUAAAACAGCUUUGAGAAAUGUCUCAUUGCUUUCAUUAAAAGCAUCAAGAAACUAUUCAACCAUCCCAUUAUCCGUUCCAAUCACUUUACCAAAUGGUAUCACUUAUGAUCAACCAACUGGUUUAUUCAUUGAUGGUAAAUUCGUUGCUUCAAGACAACAUAAAACUUUUGAAGUUAUAAACCCUUCAACUGAAGAAGAAAUUACUCAUGUUUAUGAAGCUAGAGAAGAUGAUGUUGAAAUUGCUGUUGAAGCUGCUCAAAGAGCAUUUGACUCUUCAUGGUCAACUUCAGAUCCAGAAUUCAGAGGUCGUGUUUUAUAUAAAUUGGCUGAAUUAAUUGACCAACAUGCUGAAACCUUGGCUGGUAUUGAAUCUUUAGAUAAUGGUAAAUCUUUAUUAUGUGCUAGAUAUGAUGUUGCUUUAGUUGCUAAAUAUAUUAGAUCUUGUGCUGGUUGGACUGAUAAAGUUUAUGGUCGUGUCAUUGAAACUGGUGAUUCUCAUUUCAACUAUUCAAGAAGAGAACCAAUUGGUGUUUGUGGUCAAAUUAUCCCAUGGAAUUUCCCAUUAUUAAUGUGGUCAUGGAAAAUCGGUCCUGCUUUAGCUACUGGUAACACUGUUGUUUUAAAACCUGCUGAAGCUACUCCUUUAUCUGCCUUGUAUGUCUCAAAAUUGGUUGCUGAAGCUGGUAUUCCAGCUGGUGUUGUUAACAUUGUUCCAGGUUUCGGUAAAAUUGUUGGUGAAAAAAUCUCUACUCAUCCAAAGAUUAAGAAAGUUGCAUUUACUGGUUCUACUGCUACUGGUCGUCAUAUUAUGAAAGCUGCUGCUGAAUCUAACUUGAAAAAAGUCACUUUAGAAUUAGGUGGUAAAUCUCCAAAUAUUGUUUUCAAUGAUGCUGAUAUUAAACAAACUGUCCAAUCCUUAAUUACUGGUAUUUUCUUCAACUCUGGUGAAAUCUGUUGUGCUGGUUCAAGAGUUUACGUUCAAGAUGGUAUCUAUGAUGAAGUCUUAAAAGAAUUCAAAUCAUUUGCUGAAGGUUUGAAAAUUGGUAACCCAUUUGAAGAUGGUGUUUUCCAAGGUGCUCAAACUUCUCAAAUGCAAGUUGAUAAGAUCUUACAAUAUGUUGACAUUGGUAAAUCUGAAGGUGCUACUUUAAUUUCUGGUGGUGAAAGAUUAAACCAAAAAGGUUACUUCAUCAAACCAACUAUCUUUGCUGAUGUUAAAGAAGACUCAAGAAUUGUUAAAGAAGAAAUCUUUGGUCCAGUUGUUACUGUUUCCAAAUUCUCCACUGUUGAAGAAGCUAUCAAAUUAGCUAAUGAUACCAACUAUGGUUUAGCUGCUGGUAUUCACACCACUGAUAUCAACAAAGCUAUUGAUGUUUCAAACAGAGUCAAAGCUGGUACUGUCUGGAUCAACACUUAUAACGAUUUCCAUCAACAAGUUCCAUUUGGUGGUUAUGGUGAAUCUGGUAUUGGUAGAGAAAUGGGUGCUGAUGCCUUGGAUAACUAUACUCAAGUUAAAGGUGUUAGAAUUGCUAUCCAAAAGAAACAAUUCUAA